CGUUUAAGCCGAAAUUCACCGAAUAAGAAGAAAUAAGUGGGAUAGUCCUGUUAUAAUAUAUACACACCAAAACUGAUCAGGGCGACUCAUUAGCAAAAACGACUAGCGUGACACACUAGCAAGAAGCCACCAUGGCUAUGCCUUUCUUUGUGGGGCAGCCCUACCUGUUGGGCAUCCCUCCGCAGCAGCAGCAGCAGCAGCAGCCGCCACCGCAGCCUCCGCCGAUGGCCAUGCCACAGCAGCAGCAGCCUCAGGUGCAGCAGCAGUUUGUCAAGCCGCCACCGCUGUCCGAGGAAAAGCUGCAGGAAAAAGCGCGGAAGUGGCAGCAGCUACAGUCGAAGCGCUACGCGGAGAAGCGUAAGUUUGGCUUCGUCGACGCGCAGAAGGAAGAUAUGCCGCCUGAGCACAUCCGCAAGAUCAUCCGCGACCACGGCGACAUGACCAACCGCAAGUUCCGCCAUGACAAGCGCGUCUACCUCGGAUCUUGUCGACGACAAUUACUUUUACUUGUUCGACCUGAAGGCUUUCUUCACGGCGAAGGCCCUCAACCUCGCAAUCCCCGGCGGACCCAAGUUUGAGCCACUCAUCAAGGACUCCAGCCUCCAGGACGAGGAUUGGAACGAAUUCAACGACAUCAACAAGAUCAUCAUCCGUCAGCCAAUCCGCACGGAGUACCGCAUUGCGUUCCCCUACCUGUACAACAACCUGCCGCACUACGUGCACCUGUCAUGGUAUCACACACCGAGCGUCGUGUUCAUUAAGACGGAGGAUCCAGAUCUGCCCGCGUUCUACUUCGAUCCGCUGAUCAACCCGAUCUCUCACCGCCAUGCCGUCAAGGGCACGGAGCCGAUCGUGGAUGACGUGGAGGACUUUGAGCUUCCGGAGGAGCUGCAGCCGUUCCUGCAGGACAGCCCGCUCUACACGGACAACAGUGCCAACGGCAUCGCGCUGCUGUGGGCGCCGCGACCUUUCAACCUUCGCAGCGGUCACUCCCGCCGCGCCAUCGACGUGCCGCUCGUCAAGACCUGGUACCGGGAGCACUGUCCCGCCGGGCAGCCGGUGAAGGUGCGUGUGUCCUACCAGAAGCUGCUGAAGUACUACGUGCUGAACUCACUGAAGACAAAGCCUCCAAAGUCACAGAAGAAGCG